AUGCAGGGGAACAAAUCUGCAACUACUGUCGAAGCAGAAAUCAAGGCGUAUCCAGAUGUUGUCUACCACAACUACCGAGCCCUCGGGCUGAGCCUACAGUACGAAGCUAUCACACCUGGCACAGAUGCUUCCAAAUGCUCUCCUCAGGACCUACGUCUAGCCGCAAUCGACAUUUACUCGGGCUUGGACGACAAGAAGUGGACAUGCUUUCCAGCCCUUCCGCUGUCAAUGCACGUGACCCGCUCUGAAGCCGAGGUCUCGAUCAAUCACGAUUCAAAGGGCAGAGAUCUGAUAAACGAGCUGGGCGAGCCGCAACGCAAAGGCGGAGGAGCUGGAGACCGCUCCGGUCCGGCUGUCUGGAUGGAAUGGAGCCUCCAACUCAAGUCACCGUCGGAUCUAGGGGCAAGGAGAGAGUUCAAGAUGCAGAUCGAGUUGGCAGGUGCCGCAGCUCGAGGCGCGGAUCGUUGGAACGCCGAACGUGCGGGCACCUGCAAUUGGGCGGUCAUCACCAUCAGCUGA